ACUCUCUGUCAGAGCGCGGCGUUGACAACCACUGGCCACUGAUCAGCCCACUUUGCACGGGUCGCGUCUCCAUGCAAGACUGCUGAAAAAGGAGCUCUGUCCCUCACAUUUUCUUUUACUUGCAAGUCAAGCAUCUGACUGAAAGCAGCAAGCCCGUCCACGGCAACAAAAGCACAAGAAGUCAAAAAAGCCUCCAAGUGAUUUUCUAGGCUCAUCACUGUCUGCACAAUGUCUGGAGAAGACGCACCUGCUCAGCAGCAAAACGCCGUGGACCAAAAACAGGAAACCAAACCUACCGAGGAGCCCAAAACCGAGCCACCCAAGACGGAGUCCCCACCCGCCGCCGCCGCAGAGGCAGCGGCCACCCCGGCGGCGACCACCGAGAAGGUCCCCGAAGAGGAGACCUUCACCUACCGCGCUCUGGUGCUCACCGGCUACGGAGGGUAUGAUAAAGUCAAGCUGCAGGUGAAGAAAGGCAAGCCGACACUCAAGGCUGGUGAGGUCCUGGUUCGGGUCAAGGCAUGCGGGCUGAACUUCGCCGACUUGAUGGCCAGACAGGGGCUGUACGACCGGCUGCCGUCCCCGCCGGUUACCCCGGGAAUGGAGUGCUCCGGGGUGGUGGAGGCUGUAGGGGAGGAAGUAACAGACAGAAAAGUUGGUGAUAAGGUUAUGGUGCUGAACCGCUUUGGGCUGUGGCAGGAGGUAGCAGUGGUGCCAGCAAACCACACCUUCCUAAUCCCAGAGGGGAUGAGUUUUGAGGAGGCAGCAGCCCUGCCUGUCAACUACAUCACCGCCUACAUGAUGCUGUUUGACUUUGGCAACCUGCGACCCAACCAGAAUGUCCUCGUCCAUGCGGCUGCAGGUGGUGUGGGGAUUGCAGCUACUCAGCUGUGCAAGACGGUGAAGGACGUGACUGUGUUUGGCACUGCUUCAGCCAGUAAACAUGAGACCAUCACCCAGGGUGGAGUUACGCAUGCCAUUGACUAUCGCACCAAGGACUAUGUGGAGGAAGUCCGCAAGAUCAGUCCAAAAGGGCUGGACAUAAUACUGGACCCUCUUGGAGGAUCAGAUACCCAUAAGGCCUACAACCUGCUGAAGCCUAUGGGCAAACUUAUUACCUAUGGAGCGGCUAACAUGCUGGCAGGACAAAAGAAGAACCUGCUUGCUGUGGCAAAGAACUGGUAUCACCAGUUCUCCAUCCACACACUCAGCCUGAUCCAGGGAAACAAGUCGGUGUGUGGUUUCCACCUUGGCUACCUAGAUGGGGAGACAGAGCUCAUCACCGAGGCAAUGAAUACCAUUCUGGAUUUCUACAAGGAGGGCAAAAUCAAACCCCGCAUUGACUCUACUUGGCAUCUUGAGCAGGUGGGCGAUGCCAUGAGAAAGAUGCAGGAAAGGAACAACAUUGGCAAAGUGAUCCUCACUACAGAGCCGAUGCCCGAGGAAGAGAAGAAGGAGGAGACUAAGAAGGAGGAUAAGAAAGAGGAUAAGAAGAAAGAGGAUAAGAAGAAGGAUGACAAGAAGAAGGACGAUGCCAAGAAGGAGGAGAAGAAGGAUGACAAGAAGAAGGAGGAGCCCAAGAAGGAGGAGAAGAAGGAAGAGGAGAACAAGGAAGAACCCAAGAAGGAAGAGAAGUGAGAGGGUUGAAUGGAUGGAUAGUCAAGCAGACCAGCAGGGAGUUUGUGUCUUGGGAUCUCGGGUGUGGUGUGGGAUUGUGGGGAUGGAUUUGGCAAUUUAGAUGGAUGGGGUGGGGGUAGGGGUGGGGGGUGGGCGGGGGGGUAAGUAAGAAUGGGAAUGGGUUAGAAGGAUGGAUUAGAAAAUGAUCACAGCAUUGUCAGUCUUUCACAUCCCCUCUCCAUCACCUUUUGGGUCCACAAUGACAGCGAUUACUCAGACCUGGCUCCACCCACCUCCCCCUCCCUUCCUUUUCUUGCAUUUAUGUCUUAAAGAUUCUGAUCACAUCUGAGCUCCGAACCUAUCUUCCUCUCUGAUAUUAAGCGGAAACGCCCCCCCCCCCCCCCAAAAAAAAAAAAAAACGAAACAAAAAAAUACCUAACGAUAAUGGCAGAGACAGAAGGACCAUGGAGGAUUGUGGGUACGGUCCAGGCCUGGGGCAAAUUACUGUUUCCCUGACAACAAUAAUCCCCGCUCUCACGCCGGCCCCACCCUCGACCCCCGUGCCCCUCUGCACCUCAACUCCCACUGUGCUAAAUUGUUCUGCUCUGACUUCCACCUGCCACCUCUGCUUCCCCAUCCCCUCACUGUGCUGAGUCCCCACCCUGCCCCCACCCCACACACACACCUCCCACACCACCGCCCCUGCCCACCCACCCUCAGGCCAGACCCACAGACAGGCACAAAGACGGGCAGUAAAAUGAGAGAACCACACCCACCCACACGUUGCUCUCAGUGUCCAACACUUAGUUAUGUCACCAAGGAUGAGUCAGAGAUGCCUGUGAUUGGCUGGUGCACCUCCUCUGGAGAUAUUUGCAUCAUGGCUUUUAUCAUGAUGUUUUAUGGCUCAGACAAUAGUGUUAAUACUUAAGACCUAACCCUGGUUAUCAUUUAUGUGGACUUAUGUGUUCAUAUAAAGCAAGGGGAAACCUCUCAACAAUGCAUUCGUUCCCACCAAAUUUAAGUGAAGAUAAUAUAGAAUCUGCAGUUUUGCACUAGCCUGAAUAUGAAUUUGCCUCAUAAUGAGCCUUUCAGACCAACGUUGAAUAGAGAGGCAGAAAUCAUUGCUCAGCUUCCUUCUCCUUAGUUACAGAUUUUUCUAGCUGACCAACUGUUGGCAAGAAGUGCACAGUGCCAAUUAAGAGAGAUUUUGUUUCUGUUUAAACAAAUACACACACAAAUAUACACUCUCGGAGUGUGAUGAAAGAAGCGCUGUCAUGUUGAGAUAGUAAAUCGUCUGAAAUGAGCAGAUAGUUAAGAAGGUGAAUACCAGUUUAGUUUUUACUCCCCUCUGGGUAAGGCUUUCUUCCUCCUCAGUCCUCCUUGAGGAAUUCCAUGGCUCCUUUCACAGCGACCACUCGCCUGUCGAUCAUCCUGACCUGAGAGAGGAGAAUUCACUUCAAGCUGGCGUCCAUACUUUGCCUCCCCUCCCCUCUCUCUCUCUCUCUCUUGCUCUCUCUCUCUCACUUGCACUACUCCACUCUCUCUCCCUCCUCUUUCCACUUCCCUCUCUAUGGUCGGCAUAGCAACAGGCGUCAGGCUCGUCAGAGAUGGCACUGUGGUUUGUUUCUCCCCCUCUCCCAGAGUCUCUCCUUUCUGCUUUCUUAGUCUACAUUUGCCAACAGUUGGUGCUGUCGACAUGUACUUCAACAGGUGUAAAAUGUAUUGAGAAGGAGGAGCUGAAGCAGUCUUAAAGACUUAACCAAAUUCUUACUUCAAACCAGCCUAAAAUUUAAAAUCUAAUACGAACUAUGUGUGUAAUCAACAGUGUGUUGGUCAAAAUAUCACAGAGCUCCCCCUAACGGACAGUGUGAAUGUUCUUACCUAUAGUGUUUCAUCACAAAUCACACUGGAUGAACUGGACUAACUUUAAGUUUACCCACAAAUCCAGGCUCUCUCUCUGUCUAGAUUGUUUUGGUGACUGGGCAACAGUUUUGAGAGAUCAGCUGUAGCAAUGUCUGCCUCCUCUUGAAUAUGAUGAAAUUGGACAGCACUUGCUUCAAGGUGGUCAAAGUACCACAAAGAGACAUUUGAACACCCAGCAGUGUUGUCACUUUCCAAAAAUCAGGACCCAGUUACUCAAAAAGUCCUCAAGCCUUGUUGGGAGCAGUUUUGAGGAAGCAAUAUUUUCUUCGAACUACACAUGACACUGUGCAAAAGGAAGAGUGAAUCUGCCCAUGACAAGAAGCUCAUGCUCACGACCUAAUAGUUAGAUAGCUUCCUACUUUGCACAGCCAGCUGCACUCUUCUUUUAGUCGGUAGGCGUAGUUGGGUAAAAGGAGAAAAAGUUCCUCAAUGAAGCUGUUCUCAAGUUUUGUGGAUUUGUUUGCAUAACUGGGCCAUGAUUCCUGGAAAAAGAUACUGCUGUUGAGCUGUUCAGAUGCAUUUCAUUUGAGCACCUGAGGCAAGUGCCAUAUAGUUUCACUGUGUUCAAGAGAAGGUAGACACCUUUACAGGCAGUCUCUUGAAAACUUGGCACUAAAACCAUCUAAAUGGAAAAGUGGCACUACGGGCCAGAGAAAAGACAUUUGUUUCUUUUUUUUGGAGAGUGAACUAUCCCUUCAAGGCCAGUCCUUCCUAUUUCAUUGCAUCAAAUCCUUCACGUCUGUGUCAAUCAACUUUAAACCUUGACUAUUUAUCCCCCUGCCCGCCUCACUGCCUGUCUGUGAGUCUGGCCUCUGUGUCGAGACUCAGAUGGUGACUAGUGACUUUGUAAAAAAAAAACAAAAAAAACAAAAUGUUUCAAAAAAAAAAGGAGAAAAAAAAGUUGUUGUGUUAGCAUGAGUGGCCUCCCUCAUGUGCUGUGUGUGGUGUGCCAUUAUGUGUGAAGAUGUGCGUGUGUCCUCAGGUCAUUUGUCAGGUUUUAAAAGCGCAACCCCCCCCCAACUCCUACCAGACGUUCCCUCCUUACACUACUCUGCUACAGUAUGAUGUAGCUCUGAAACCAACCAACACAUCUUACUCUAUCUCUCCCUCCUGUCUGAUAAGAGGCCUGUAUUAUGAGGACAGUUGGUAUUAGUAUUUUGCACUCUGCUCGCUGAUCUUAAUGCACUUGCAAGCAUGGCGGUCUCACUCCAGUCCAGCACAGGCUUUGAUUUUGCUCCAGGUUUGCAGCCCAUUUCCCAUCAUCCGUUCCCACUGUAUCUGCUAAAGCUCACUGAAAGCACAGGUGGCACACACACACAGAAACACACAAACUCAUGUAAAAGUCCCCUCAUUUUCAGCUUGCCAGUCCCAGCCUGGGCCAACUUCUCCUGGGUGGCAGCUAAAAUCAAAGCAUUCAUCCAUCCUUGACUGUGGGAAGCAAAACGUGGAGCAGGUCCGAGCGACGUGGGCUGGAGUGCGACCGGCACGCUGGUGUGGGGAGUGAUUGUGUCCUGUCAGCCUCUGGUUAGUGUUCUGUUCUAAUCUGCUGGGCUCCCUUUGUGAACCUGUGGACGGUGCUUCUGUUCCGAGUGCCAUGUGAGAAACAAACGCUUCAGUUUUGAAAUAAAAAAAAAAAAAGAUGUUUUACUUACUAUGUUAUUUUGAUUUACCUUUAUAUUUUUGUUCGUUUGUUUGUUUUUUGUUAUCCAAGGGUUUAAAGUUCAAAGCUCAUACUCUUAUGUGGGGACUUGCCAACCUGCACUCCUCUUUAAAUGUGAUGAAGUCUUUCUGUUGGUCCAAACCAUGUGUGCCAAAUUGUAUGUAUAUUCCUCUGUCCAUGCUUUGAAUAUUAACAGUGCAUAAAAAAUAUGAAGAAAAUUCUGUUGUUGGAUGCAUUUCCGUCAACCUUGAAGAAGAGUGAGAAAAAAAAAGAAAAAUUCACACAAGUUGUCACAUUGUGUCAGAUUUAUAUCCCAAAAUGCUCAGAGGUGCUGACAGAAUUUUGCUGCAGUUUAUAAAAGGUUUAACACAAUCUGUAUUUGGUGAUUGGUUGUAGUCUUGCUGAAGCAUAGGCCUGCAUUGUGCCUCUCUCCUUACCUCAAUCUGAGAUGUAUUUAGUAAAUGCUUUUCGCUGUGUUUUACCAGGUCUCACAUCAUAUCAGCCCCAAUAGGAUGAUUCCCUCUGUUGGUUUACAGCUGUAACAUCAGUAUUACAGUGAAGAGGAACAGAACAUGGUGGAUUUAAGACUCAAAACUCCACCACACCAAAAGACGGUCGUAAAUCUGCAAAUUUCCCCCAGCUCCAAAGCUCUGUGCUAUUCCUCUCUAUGGAUUUCUUUUCUUUCAGUUUGUUUCCAAAAUGGUUUGUAUAACAAGUGAGGGACCAGAUGUUUUUUACACAGCUGUGCAGGGAAGCCAGUAGUGUAACACAGCUGAGCACAGCCUCUGCUUAUUGGCUAAUCAUAGCUCAGUUCUGGCCUGCCCCAGACACAACAUUUCCGCUUUGCAGCUGAUCUCAGUUCACUCAAGGAUUAUUAAGAGUCAUUCCUCUCUUCCUGUGCUGCAUCUGCAGAACCUCUUGGCCAGUGCAACAGUUGCAGUCCAGCAGCCAGCCAAAAACUCCUCUCCAUAUCAGCCUCUUCCUUCUGCAUACACAUUCAAAGAAAAUAGAACAUUACUUUGACAUCUGGAAUUUGAAAUUGCAUGCAUUCAUCUGCAUGUGGAAAACAGAUUAAAAUCCCUUUUCUUUUUUUUUUCUUUCAACAUUUUCCCCGGGGUACUUUUGAACUGAGAUGCCUUUGACAUGAACUCAAUCAGCGGGGUGGGUGUUUCGCGUCUUGAAUUCGGGUUCAAGUGGAUCCGUUGGUUAAAGUAAAACCCACCCCUUCCUACUGUGGCCUGCAGCCUGAGAGCUUUUCCACCGUGGUGAAGCUGAAUUGUAAUCUCAUCUUGAAAUGGUUUCCCAGUCAUUCCAGACACUUAUGCAAGAGUACUUAACUACUCAGAGAUGCAUGGGAGGAACAAAAGUAUUUCAAAGUUUUCCAAAAAAAUUAAAGUGGGUUUUUUUGUUUUGUUUUUUUACAUUUUAGAUUUGAUUAUACUGUCACUCAUAGUUUUAGAUCUAAAGAAAGUGAAUACAGUGAGUGUUGUAUUUCCAGCAGCUACUUUUCUAUCUGUCUUGGCUUGAAGCUGUAGUCCCUCACAGCCACCCACCGUUCAGCUUUGUGGUGAA